AUGCAAAUGCCACCUGCGAGCGUGAUUGCGUCCUGGCCGGCCCCGAAUUAUGUUGAUCCGGAUACGAGAGGCAACGCGAACGUAAUCCUGAAUAUCGCCUUCUAUGUUAUCUUGAUCUGCUUUGUUGUAUUGAGGGUGUUUACGAGGACGCAUUUGAAUAAUGCUUUUGGAGCAGAUGAUGUUCUUAUCUUGUGUGCUAUGGUCCCGACGACGGGGUUCUUUAUAAUAAGUGUUUUGAAGGAUACCAAGUACCUUUGGAUCCGACAUACGUAUGAUAUCCCGCCGAGCUAUGUUGUCGGAGGACUGAAGAUGGUUAUGGCUGCCCAGGUCGCCUUCGGGGCAGCUAUCACUCUUACGAAACUGUCUAUGUUGAUGCUGGUCAAAAAGCUGCUUACCAGUACUUCGACUUUCUGGCGGCGCAUAACGAUCAUAGCCAUUAUAUUUGUGGCCCUUCAGGGAACAGUGUUUGGCUUGACGAUCAUCUUCCAGUGCCGGCCUAUGCAAGAUUACUGGAAGAUCACCGAGGGACCGCAACCGAACUGCAUCGAUCAAGCUGCGACGCUUCUGGCUGCAGGCAUCAUAAAUACACUCACAGAUAUACUUACCGUUCUGCUUCCUAUCCGAACAGUCUCCACGCUACAGCUUCCUCGACGUCAAAUGAUCAUCGUCAUUGUGCUGUUUGGGCUCGGCUUCAUUUCAUGUAUAGCCGGUAUAGUACGCACCUACUACAUGUGGGAAGUGACUGUGGGAUGGGAUCAGACAUGGCGUUCUUACCCGGUCUGGAAAACAUCCGCGAUAGAGCUCUACCUCGCCAUUAUCUGCGCCUCUAUCCCAGCAACGAGACCCUUCUUCUCCGCCUACCUUCCCCACCUCUUCGGCACCAUGAACAGCAACUACUUCGCCUCCGACCACUCCCAAAAUAUGCAGACGCGAUCCCACCGGCUAGACAGCCACGGUGAGGAGAUGGUGGAUCUAGAUCAGAAGUUGGGGGCGGCAAGUAGCCGAGGCAUGAAUUCCAUUUCUAUCAGCGGGUCGGACAGUCGGGGCCAUUCCAACCUUGAGGACAGCGCUUGUAUACAUGUGCAGCAUAAGGUCACGAUGAGCAUGGAAUACAUCUCGAAACCUAGGACAGAGGGAUGA